UUGUCUAUAUAAGCCCCAAAUAAGUACGUAUUGCUUUGCCUCUUCACAGCUUGCUUGCCAAUCACUACAUAAAAUCAUAGCCAUUGUCACAAAGGCAGCCCGGCCUCUCUGGUCAUCAGUACUAAACUUGUGAACAAUGGCUUUUGAACGAGUUAACCUUGUGAUUGUUACUACACUGGUCACCAUGGGAGUUUUGGCUUCGCAAGCAGCAUCCCUUUCACUGUACGAAGCUUCCAUUGCUGAGAAACAUGAGCAAUGGAUGGAGAAGUACGGACGCGUUUACCCCAACAGUGCAGAGAAGCAAAGGCGUUUAGCUAUCUUCAUGAAGAAUGUCGAAUUUGUGGAGAAAUCCAACAGUGAAGGGAACAAGACUUACAAGUUGAGCAUCAAUGAAUUUUCUGAUAUGACUAAUGAAGAAUUCAUGAGACAUCAUACUGGAUACAAAAUCCCCACCAGCUCAAGUUCAACCUCUUCCGAACAUAAAUCUUUUCGGUACCAAAGCUUGGCUGCAACUGAGGUUCCAGCUAGCAUGGACUGGAGGGAGCAAGGAGCUGUUACCCGCAUAAGAAAUCAAGGUCAAUGUGGUGCUUGUUGGGCAUUUACCGUAGUGGCAGCAGUAGAAGGGCUAAUCCAAAUCAAAACUGGCCAAUUGAUCCCGCUGUCCGAGCAACAACUUGUCGAAUGUGAUUACAACAACAAUGGCUGCAACGGUGGCAGUGAAGUGAACGCAUUUAAAUACAUAAUACAAAAUGGAGGAAUCGCUAGUGAAGAAAAUUACCAAUACCAGAGCACAGACAUGGGAACAUGUGACACUAACAAGGAAAGUGACCAUGCUGCCCAGAUCACUGGUUAUGAAAUAGUCCCUUCCAGAAGUGAAGAUGAUCUACUCAAGGCUGUGUCCAAGCAACCAGUCUCGGUUAGCAUUGAUGCUUCUGGUGAAGCGUUUCAGCAUUACAGUAGUGGGGUGUUCUCCGGUAAUUGUGGGACGAACCUCCAUCAUGCUGUUGCAGCCAUUGGGUACGGAACAACUGAAGGUGAAAUCGACUAUUGGUUAUUGAAGAAUUCGUGGGGUGAGACUUGGGGUGAAAAUGGCUAUAUGAAAAUUCUUAGAAACGUUGAUGCCCCGGAAGGUAUGUGUGGCCUUGCUAUCAGAGCUUCCUAUCCGACUGCAUAACUGUGAACUAAUCAAAGAAAUAAUGUAUAGCAGGCAGAAAAAAUAACUGCCUGACUACUCCCCUUUCCAUAUUUAUGCAUUCAUCUAUUUAUCCUUCGCGAUGAACACCCUGUAUUCUGUACUAGCAUAUUUGCUUAAAUGAAGUUUCAAAAUCUGGCAGACAAGACUGUCUGUUAAGAAUGCACCUUCCAUUUAGGUGUGAAUA